AUGACGCUCUUCACGUUCGCGCGAAACGCCCGUCUCCUCUGCCAUGUCAUGCCAAUUCUUGCUGCCGUGGCGCUCGCUCAGUGGAUACUAGCGUGCCACGUCAGCGCGCAGCCUGGGCCAAUCACGUUCCGCGUUGACCCGAGUCGGUCAAAUCUGACGUGGGACUCGGAGAUUCCACCGAAAGAAGGGCAGCUCGCAUCGGUUGUCGCGCGCAUCAGCAACACGUCACUGACGGGCAUCACUCCCGCGGGUCAACCCGCGCCAGCGUCCGUCGUUGCACAGGCCAACGCCACCGGCACCAUCGCUGCCUUCCUGCCCACUCUCAACCUCUCCACUUCGGAGGUGCCGCCAUUCGCCAUCGACCAGACGUACGGCUCCUUCCAGUCCGCGUGGACCGUGCCCACUGCCACGUGGCGCGCUGUUAGGGGCUUCUUCGCCCCCAGCAGGGACUUUGGCGGCGGCCCGUUUGCUGCCAGCAACCUGACGGCCCCACUGGCCUCCUUUGGCUUUGUUAAUGGCCACCUGAGCACUGUGGCAGCGAACCAGUCGCAGGUGCACCUCUUCAUCAACUCCACUGCCGUCUUCACUGCAAGGCAGCUGCUGCUGACAGCCAAUGCAUCAGCAUCCAUAAUGAACAUAGUGAUGGGGCAGGGCCACGUGCGCAUGCGCAUCCUGCUCACCGCCCUUGCUCACAACCCCUGCACCGUCGCCCCCACGCCCCCCUUGUCACGCCCGCGCCCUUGA